AUUACUACACAAGUAGCAACUUGUAAACCAAUUGCAAAUACGAUUGAUACCGCUGUCGAUAUUUUUCUGUGCAGCUAUGUAAUGGAUUCUUUGAAUGCCUUCUGGUUCGGACUAGGAGGCUGCUGCGCCUUGCUGAUCCCUGGCAUUAUUUGUGCGGUCAAAUUAGCCAAAUUCUACCGCAGGAUGGAUACCGAGGACGUGUACGAUGAAGUUGAAACUAUGCCCAUGAAAAACUCUGUGGAACAGUGGUAACUCAGACUGGAACUAUUAACCCUUCUGGAAACAACAGUUUCUCCUCAAGGAAAGCACAGCAGAACCAUUGUGUUUGAAGACAGCACAGCAAACUAAUCUUGCAUUUAAAAAAAGAAUGACUGAAUCUUUGCUCAUAAAGUGAAGGCAGGUUAAUGGCAAUUGGGCCACCUCGUCUCAUUUUUUGCUGCCAAGAAACCAUUAAAUCCUAUCUGUUUCAUAAAAUUAUUUUCAUUUAUUUUCUUGUACCAUAUAAAUGAAAUGAUACAAGUCUAAGUGGAUAUGGUCCUCAUUUUAUUUUAUUUUUGCUUCACCUGAAUAGUUUGUUCAAAAUGAAUUAGAUUCUUCUUAAACUAUCCAAUGAUGUUUGUACGCUAUAUAAAAAUAUGUUUACAUGAAAAAUGCAUUUGAAUACGGAGGCUUUUGUACCUGAGUUUUUUACAGCUGUUUCCGAACAGACUUUUAAGCAAUAUUUGUUAUCUUUCAUAAGUAACCUGCUCAGUGAUCAGAAUUUCUCUGGUGCUGUUAAAAAUGAAGGGGGGAAAAAGCAACUAUGGAACUAUGCAUACUGUCUUGUGUUGUUUUCAUAAAUAUGAAUGUAAAUGAAGGAUAAUAUUACUUUUUCUGAAUUCUUAUCUAAGGCAGUAUUCUUAUUUUAACUGAAACAUAUGUCUAUGUGAGGAAAGCAAAGUAUGCCUGACUUGUCUGUCUCUGAACAUACAGAUAGACAAAUAAGCAGUGGGGAUCUUUUGUAACAUGAGAAGUGAUAUUCCCAAAAAAAUCUAUCUGAAGCUUCAGUAGAGUGAUUAGAUCCACCGGAAGACAACCACUGAUUCAUUUCAGUGAAAUAUCUAAAUAUUGUAAAUCUCCACUAUGUUCAAAAUGUGAAUGUCUGAUUCUCUC